UUCAGAACACAGCUUACGGACCUUUCCCUUUCCUAAGCUACGUGCGAUGUGAGUGUGUUCCCGCAUCACUCACAUGUGCUUCACAUAUUGCAAACCACCAUGCCGCACGCGACGGCCUCUCCGGCCCCCGAAACCGAAGAUGCCGACUUCGACAAUGUGAUGCGCCAGAUGAACGGCCCCUUGGGGGAUGGCGCGAUUUCUUUUGACUUCUUAUCGAGAGAUCUGGAGCCUGGUGAGAAAGCAGACGAUGCGGUGGACUAUGAAGACUUUGACGAUGACGACCUUCCCGAGGAAGAGGCGGUUGAGGAGCGAAAACCCGACAGUGGAGAUGACUUGUUCGAUACGCAGGAGAUCAAAGAAGAAACACAAGAAGAGGAUCAACCUGCUGACCUUGAUAACCUUGAUGAUCUAUUUGGAGAGGAGCCUUCAUCGCCACGCCCAGACCAGGUUGACUCCACCCGAGAUCUCUUUUUUGAGGAAGAUGAACGACCGGUUGAACGACCAGAACCUGCUCCCAUGGAAGAAGAGGAGGAAUCGCUUCACGAAGAUGGCUCUUUGACCCCGACCGCGGAUGAUAUGGACCCAGCCUCUCUCCGGGCGUGGAAACUACAGCAGGCUCUCUUUGCAAUGUCAAGUAUCGGUCCCGAUAACCCACCAGCUCCCCCCGAGAAUGUAGAGGAGUUGUUGAGUUCGCUGUUUCCGACCUUUGAUCGAAAUACUUUACCUCGCUUCCUCGAGCUGAUCCCGCAUAAGAAAGCUUACUUCCUCGGCAAACAACCCCCCAGGCCUCCGAAACCUGUCAUUCCCAGCAAAGUCAACAUUGAGCUCGCCCAGGAUCAAGAGAGGAUAUUCAAAUCAGGUGGACAAGUUUUCAAGCGCUCGGUGGAAUCUGAACAUCUUGGUAUCAUUCCUGUCAUCGAAGCUACGCAGGAGGAAGAGGAUAAGAAUGCGGAAGAUUUCGAGAUUGACUCCGAUUCUGAUGAGCCACUACCGAACGGAGUUACCUUGGACGAUCUUCGGGUGGUCUGUACUGAUUGGGAUAUCCAAGAUGGCAUCUCAAUAAUGGACGUAGACGAACCCGUGCGAGCCGAGGAUGUCGAAGAUGACUGGCUUCUUGAGACCACUCGCCCAGCCAAGAAGCGCAAAAUCGGCCGCGAUCCGAUGGAGCUUGUUGCCCUGUCGCAUAUCGAUGUGCCUUUGAUCGACGACCCGCAGCAAGUCACCUCGAAAAUUGCGCAGAAGGUUACAGUGGACCUUAACGACCCAUACAUGCUACUCGAUGACUGCGGACCUGAUGCCACCGCACCAAAGCCCAAGGCGUCCGGAGCUCGAAGUAGGGAUGAGAUGGAUGUCAAUGUAACUCGACGCCUCACAUCACGUUACAACAUCUCCAAUGACCAGGCUUACGACAUGCUCAAACAGAACCACCAGAACAAGGUUCGUAGUACUCUGGGCAACGUCACACUUGAACACAGUAUGCCAGCUUUGCGCCUCCAGUGGCCUUACUACAAAACAGAGCUGGCCAAGGCUGAGGCCCGAUCAUUUCACCGUCCAGCGUUAUCGUUCCGACCCGGUCAGACAUCUUGGUUUAAAAAUCCCGCUUACAUUAAGCGAAAACACCAAAAGGGCAAGGAUAUUCGCACUCUCUAUGACUCUACCAGGGCACUUUCACUGGCAGACAAUUCCCACGUCCUGCUGGUUGAGUAUUCGGAGGAGGUGCCUCUCGUUCUUUCAAACUUUGGUAUGGCGAACCGGAUCAUUAAUUAUUACCGACGGAAGAGUAUGGAAGACCCAACACGCCCUAAAACCGAGAUUGGCGAAACCGUUGUCCUGCUACCCCAGGAUAAGAGCCCAUUUUCCAUCUUUGGCCAUGUCGAUGCGGGGGAAGUCACCCCGGCUAUCUCCAACUCUAUGUAUCGCGCCCCCUUGUUUCAACACGAGGCCAAAUCCUCUGAUUUCUUAGUGGUUCGCAGCAGCACAGGGUCAGGAGGCAGCGACUACUACCUCCGUGGAAUCGACAAUAUAUUUGUUGCUGGACAGCAAUUCCCGUCCGUUGACAUUCCUGGACCUCAUUCUCGAAAGGUUACCACAGUCGCUAAGAACCGGAUGAAGAUGCUGGUGUAUCGCCUGUUGAAGAAGAGCCCUGAUCUUCGACUCUCUAUUAGUGAUGUCACAGCACAUAUCCCAGGGACAAGUGACAUGCAAAAUCGCCAGAAGGUUAAAGAUUUCCUUCAACACGAUAAAGACUCCAAAUACUGGGUACCCUUAGAACCGGUGCCCGAGCAAGAUGUUAUUCGAUCCUGGGUUCAACCUGAAGACGUGUGUCUUCUGGAGGCGAUGCAAGUCGGUCAGCAACACUUGCACGAUACUGGCUAUGGCAACGAUGCUGAAACGGGGGGCGACGAUGAUGACGAUGGCGAGGGGGAGAGUUUUGAGCAGCAGAUGGCCCCAUGGAAGGCUAGUCGUAAUUUCCUUUUAGCAUCUCAAGGAAAGGCAAUGCUCAAACUUCACGGCGAGGGAGACCCUACUGGCCGUGGCGAAGGAUUCAGCUUUAUCAAGACCUCCAUGAAAGGAGGGUUCAAAGCUGUUGGCGAGAGUGUGGAGGAUAAGCUAGAUGCCCAAAGGCUAAAGGAACUUGGUGGCCACAGUUACAACGUUGCAAGACAACAAAAGUCGUACGAAACGUCUAUUCGACGAAUCUGGGACGCUCAAAAGGCCAGUCUUUCGUCAACCAUCGAACAUUCAGAUGACGAUGAGGACAUGACAGGAGACGAUGACGACGAGUUCGGCAAGCCUACCCCAAGAUCAGAGGCACCUACCCCCGCACCUGGUCGUCGUGAUGAUGAGACGACCAGUCAGUUUAGUAAGAUGAGCAUGCCGGAUCAGAAGGGCAAGGUCCUUCGUAUCAUCCGACACGUCAGGGACGAGAAGGGCGAAAUCCAGCAAAAAGAAACCCUCGUCUGGGACCCCCGCGUGAUUCGACAUUACAUCCAGCACCGCCAUCGAGUUGAAUCGCUCACCACCAAACUUGAGUCUCUACAGCCCACUGGAGACCCAGAAGUGGACGCUCGCAACAAGAAGCUGAUCGAGCAAGAGUUGAGUCGACUCAAUCGCAACAAGGAAAGGCGCUUUGCCCGCGAAAAGCAGAAGGGCGUGCUUCGCGCCGGAGACUCCCCAGCGGAUGGUGGUCCAGGGGGGUCGAGCAAGUCCGCGGGAACGCAACGAAAAUGCGCGAACUGUGGGCAGGUUGGUCAUAUUAAGACCAACAAAAAGCUGUGCCCUCUUCUCAAUGGUACAAUGAAGCCCGAAGACCGUGUCAGCGAGUCCGCCUUUGCGAUGGGUGCUCCUCCUGCGGUAUAAGGACAGCUUUUGUUCAACUCUCUUUGUCUUUGUCUUUGUCUUUUUUUUUUUUUUUUUUUUU